AAAAGAGCUACCGUGCUCCAUUGUAUUCUCUAUUCUCUAUGCACUGUUCUGCAAGCUGGUGUAAUUGCAAAAUGGAAUAAUACAUUACAUUUGUAAGUUACUUGCUUCGCUGUACGCUCGAGUUACGUGUAUCUCCCGUGUGACCAUUGGAGAUAUUGCCAGAAAGGUUGUCAGACAAUUUUUCGUAAGUGAAAUUAUAUUGCUCCUAACCUACAAAAGGCGCGCGCGACGGUACACGAAGAACCAUUAUCAUAUAACUUCGCGCUCACGCGACUUUUGUGAUUUCUCGCCGGCCGGUCUGCAGCUCAAUUCUUGCCACACGAUUUCGUCCAAAUAAAUAAUGGCGAGUGCAGAAUCACUUGCAGAAGUAACAGAUGUUGUACAAAUUCUUCGACAAUGGGAAGAAGAACACAGUUCACCAACCUACGAUCCUAUUCCUGUACUACAAAGAUUAGCAGACAUAAUAGAACUGGAAACGGAGAAUUACAUGAAGAUGGAUCCAGAUCCAUUUGAUGAGAGACAUCCCUCGCGUACUGAUCCAGAAUGUAAUUUUGGACAUAUAUUGAAGGUUUUAUUCAGAAAAGAUAACUUUAUGACAAAGUUAAUAAAUGAUUAUUUGAGGGAUACAUAUUGGUCUCGAGCAGGGGUGACUGGAAGGGAUGUUAGAAAGCUGAAUAUUGCAGCUUGUCGUUUGAUGCUAGAUAUACUUCCAGGAUUAGAAACAUCAGCAGUAUUUCAACCAGAUAUGGAAGGUCUUAUAAAUAGAUUAUUUUCUUGGGCAGAGAAAAGCAUUGAACCAUUGCAGAGUUACUCAACCGGUCUUUUGGCUGCUGCCAUGGAAGUGCAAGACAUUGCCACAGGAUUUAGAGACCAGAAUGCCAAGAUGGUACCGUUGAUGUUGCAACGAUUGCACAACUUGCAACAGAAAGCGCAUGAAGAUCGCCAACAAAAAGCGCACGAAGAUCGUCAGAAAAAUGUCAGGCCAUUUGCUCACUUUGGACAAGACAGAAACAAUGUUACUGAUUUUGACGACAGAGGUAUUCCAGGAAAACGCAAGAUGCGAGAGAAACAGCAGAGAAACGGAGUUGCGAAGAAUCAAGAUUUACCCUCUUCCGAUGAAGAUGAUUCCACGCGUAAUUCCGAUGACAUGCCAAUCGUCAAGAAAAAGAAGAGCAAUUUUGGUUGUGAAACGCCUGUAAAAAAUAGUGAGCUAUAUCCUGUGAUUAUGUCUCCGCCUCUAUCCAUCCCGAAAAGCACGAAUAACUCUGUCAAUUCCAAAGUGACACCGUCAAAACAAAGUAACUCCACGAGGCUCACGAAUAUACCACUGUCUGCUAGGUGUAAUCUGCAUAAGUUGUCUCAGAGCUCCAAUAUGCAUUCGACACUGCUAGAUGGAAAUUCAAAUUCGUCCUGGGCUGAGAUGGAGUCGUAUGUGAUCGGCAAUAUUCAGAUGCAUCCUCUCACUCUAGCGACUCGACAGAUGCUGAUCUUACGUUAUUUGACGCCUAUGGGAGAGUAUCAGGAAUUUCUCGGUCACGUGUUUGAACAGAACGCUUUGGACUUAAUAUUGAAAUACAUAAAUGUACGAGAAACGAAGGACAGCAGGCUCGCUUUUGAGGCUCUUAAGUAUCUCGCAUCCUUGUUAUGUCACAAGAAGUUCUCAAUCGAGUUCCUCAACGUCGGUGGUUUGCAAAGAUUGUUGGACGUGCCGAGACCAAGUGUCGCGGCAACAGGUGUGUCUAUAUGUCUCUAUUAUCUCGCAUAUUGCGAAGACGCAAUGGAACGAGUGUGUCUGUUGCCGAAACACAUAAUAUCCGAUCUUGUGACAUACGCGUUGUGGUUAUUGGAACGCAGUCAUGAUUCUGGACGAUGUCAUGCGACUAUGUUCUUCGGCUUUUCUUUCCCAUUCAAAGUUAUAUUGGAAGAAUUUGAUGCACAGGAUGGUUUGAGAAAGCUAUUUAAUGUGAUAUCCACCUUACCGAUUCUAAAUGUCGAAGAAGAACCGACAAUAAACGACGAUGAAGAAUGUGCAUCAAGACAAAUCGUACGACAUGUAGCUGUUGCGCUGAAAAGAUACAUGGAAGCGCAUUUGCAUUUGAAAGCUGAACAAUUGCAGCGUGCGGAAAAUAUUAGAGCUGAACGUGAUACAUGGCAGCCCUCAUUACCACCUUACAAGGCAUGCAAGCUUAGCAGUGAAGAAGUACAGGCGAAGGUGGAGAUCCUCCAAGAAUUAAUGUCAAUUAGAGCAGUGUGGCCGCCAGUGGAGGAACUUUAUCGUUUAGGUGGUAUCACAUUGCUCUUGCAAAUUAUAGCGUUUGCUCGCGAAUGGAAUUAUAGCGGACGGGUGCACACAACUUCCAGCGCAGAGACAGUUAGAUCAUGUUUGGACGUGAUUGCAAUUUGUUCUGUUGUUCCCAAAGUCAUGUUGCUACUGUGUGAAAGAGUCGACAUGCCAGACUUGUCAAUGACAAUGGCAAUUAAUCUUUUGCUAGCUGCGGCUGAAUGUGAAAUUAUCGCGGACGCUGAUGUACAGAGAGCAGCACUUAGAGCUGUAAUUAAUUGUGUAUGUGCUCCCAUAAACAGGGUCGGAGGAAAUGUAGCUAGAUACUCCAUAAGUGGAUCUACUAAGAAAAAGGCAAAUAUUCACAAUAGUGAGGAAUUGAUACAAAAAGUAUGGGAAAGUGUCAGAUCAAAUAAUGGAAUAAUGGUAUUACUGCAGCUAAUGAUGGUGAAGACACCCAUUACUGAUGCAGAUAGUAUACGAGCAUUGGCAUGCCGUGCAUUAGCCGGAUUAGCACGCAGCGAGAAAGUUAGGCAGAUUAUUAGCAAGUUACCAAUGUUCACAGAUGGACAAAUCCAGUCUCUCAUGAAAGAUCCUAUUUUGCAAGAGAAACGACAGGAACACGUCACUUUUCAAAAGUAUGCCCUCGAAUUAAUGGAAAGGGUGUCUGGUAAAGCAAAACCAACAGGUGCAGAAUAUGAAAUCUCUUUAGUUAGUUUGCACAGGGCCAAUGUUGUGGCGCAAACGAGGAUACAAUAUAAUGAGCAACAACUUAAUCAAUUAAUAUAUCAGCAUCUGAUGUCGAAGGGAUUAUCCGAGACAGCUAAUACGUUACACAGAGAAGCAAACUUGGAGUCAUCUGCACUUAUGAGAUCUACAACAGCAUAUCAACCUUUCACAUACCGAAAUCCUGGAAAUGUAACCCCAAGAAAUAGUUUUUCUGCAUCUGUCAAUUUAUACAAUACAAUCAGGUGUACACAAAGAGAAGCUAAUUGUAGAAACAAUACCACCACUCCCACAUCGUCAUCUCGAUUUAUAUCCCAUACAGGUGUAUGCUCUGCUUCGCCGUCUGUGAGUAAUAACAUCCGAUUGAAACUCGCAGACUGCCUGAAUCAAAAUGUCAUUUCGAAUAACGUAAAUCUGCCAAUUAAACUACAAAUUAAUCAGAAAAAAUCAAUAUCAUCCGACAGACAAUCUCUAGUCAUUCCAACUGGUUGCCAAUCUAUAGUACAAUCUCAACCAACCAGUUGUAGAUCUUUACAGAAACAGAUUUCUAGAGACUCUGGAGGUGGCGGAGGGCCUGGUGUAGCUACUUCCAAUUUAUCUGUUACUCUCGAUUCUAUUAUUACGGAAUAUUUAACCAAUCAACAUGCUCUCUGUAAAAAUCCUAUGGUAACGUGCCCACAGUUUAAUCUUUUCGAGCCUCACAAGUGUCCGGAUCCGUGUACAAAAAACUCUUCGCCAACGAACGUCACAGUAAGAUUAGCUAGGCGGGCAUUAGGGAUGGACGGCAGAAGAUUAGAUAGGAGACACAUUUACAGCCGUUUCUGUCCUGUAAAAACUUUUCGGCCUACCGAUGUAGGAGGAAUUGCCUUCACUUGUUGUACUUUCUCGCCUUGCACACAAUAUCUCAUUUUGGGCACCCAUGCUGGAGACAUCAAAAUGUUCAAUGUCCAUACAGGAAUGGAAGAGGCGACUUAUCAAUGUCACGAGUCAUAUGUGUAUCAUAUGGAAUGUAAUCAGCGUGGCAAUCUUUUGUUGACCUCGACCACUUGGAGAAGUCCUAUGUCAGCACUCUGGGACAUAGGGGCGUUUUUUGAAAUGAAACUUCCUUUAGAAAAUGAAGAAUAUGUUGAAUUCGGGAAGUUGCAGGACAGAAUAAUCGGUACGCAAGCAGAAAUCGCGACAAUAUAUGACAUAGGAACUGGUAAAUUAUUAACAACCUUGACACCAUCAAUUUCAAAUCAAUAUACCAAAAAUCGAGCAACUUUUAGUAUGAAUGAUGAAUUAGUGCUUAGCGACGGCAUAUUGUGGGAUGUUAAUUCGGGCAAGGAAAUCCAUAAAUUCGAUAAAUUGAAUCAAACAUUAAACGGAGUUUUUCACCCAAAUGGAACCGAAGUUGUGUCCAAUACCGAAGUGUGGGAUUUGAGAACAUUUCACUUACUCAAGACAGUUCCUACUCUGGAUGAAAUGGAAGUCAUCUUCUCACCGGUCAAUAAUAUUAUAUAUGCAGUUGCAUUAGAUCAAGAAAAUGAAAAUGAUUCUCAUUAUGUGACUUCCUUUAAGACUCUGGACGCUUUAGAUUACAGUAACAUUGCGACUUGUGAUGUGAAAAGAGGAAUCUAUGGCCUUGCGUGCAACAAAUUUGAUACUCAAAUUGCCAUAGUGGAAAAUAUAGGUGAAUUCUCGAGUAUACAGGAAUCGUGCGUUAGAUUGUACGACGUUGGAAGACAAAGAGACGACGAGGAUGAAGCAGAUGAGGAUGAUGAUGAAGAAGAUCUUGAUGCCAGUGACGACGAUGGUUCAAAUUCGGCGUCUGAUGAUAAUAAUGUAGAUGAUGGCGAUAAUGCGGAUGCCGGGGCAGAGGACAAUGGCGACGAUAACGAUCAAAAUGAUAGGGAAAAUAAUGAUGACGAUGACGGUGAUGAUGAAGAUGGUGGAGAUGACGAUGAUUCUGGUGAUGAUAGUGCGGAUUACGAUCCCAAUGUCGAUAUUCAUGAUUUCUCGGAUGAUUUGUCUUUGUCGGACAUGGAUUUGGAAAUGCUGUUUUCGUGAACGUUAUUGAUAAUCUUGUAUGUAUAUAUAUGUACGCACUAAUAUAUCGUGUGUGCGUGUGCGUGCGCGCGUGCGUGCCUGCGUGUGUGUGAUCAUUGUAUUGUAUGAUAUAUAUGCGUGUGCGCACGCGCGCACACACACAAAAUAUGUAUUAAGUACUAAAAAGGAAUUACAUCGUAUUAUAUUAUUAAUUGCCAACGCUCUAAAUGUAUAAAUAUUUUUAGCCAAUUUGUCAACUGUAAUUUCAAUGUGUUCAAAAGCUUCUCGGGGAUAAAUAUGCCUAUAUAUUCUGUUUCAUAAGAGAAUGUCUUCGAUUUUUGUACGUUAUGAUAAAAUCUUCGUUUGGAAGCCGCUUAUUCGAUUAUAAAUAAUAAUGUAGACGUAAUGCCAGUACAGAUGCGUUUGUAUGCAAGCAAGCUUAUCAAGUUAAAAGAAACGUCUUGCAUAUGUGUGUUCAUGUUAACUGCCAUGUCAGACGACUUCUAUCUUCACCUUAUUUUAUAAAAUGCACAGAUCGAAGUCAUUCUUCCAUGGAAUGAAUUAUAUUUGUCAAAUUGCAGAUGGUCGAUUGUAAAUGAUUAUUAUUACUUCUGUUUAAUUAUUGAAUAAAUAUAAGAACAUAUAACACGUGUUAUAUGUUCUUUUCAAUCAAGAACCAAGUAUUAAUCUGUUGUGUCUUUGUAUAACAUAACUGGGCGCUAUUGCAGCAAGUAAUACAGUGCAAAAUGGCGAAAUUUGCACGGUAGUAGGAGAAUAAGCGUACUUUACAACUAUAAAAAUAAGACUAACAGGAUAUAAUAUUUUCAGUUUGUUUGCGGUAAAUUAAAUCUCAGAACUUGCCAGAUUUGCCUCAGAUUGUAUUUCGCAGGAUUGGAAGUUUCAAUAAAAUUAAACUAAUUUUUAUUCAUCGAGGAUACGAGUUUUUUACAAUAAGUGAUAAAGAUGAAAAAUGAGUUAAAAACAAAAAAAAGGAAAUAAUAAUAAUGCUGAAGAUAAUAAUCAUUGCACGGAGAAUCUAUUACAAGCUUUCAAGAUCGGUAGAUAUCGUGUAUUCCGGCGCUAUCUGAUCGCGCGCUACAAAUAGAAAUCACUGACGAUAGAUAUUGCACGUAUGCGCAUCGACAAUAUUCCUAAUAUGUAAACAAAUGCUUGUUAAUAUAACCGGUAAAAUACAAAUGAAGAAAAUUUGCGAAUCAUCUUCCUUGGUUUUUCCCGAUCCGUUCAGAUCGUGGAAAAAUUCGUUCGAAAAGACAAAACUUUCAGCGAUUGUAAAAAAGAUUUUACUGUAGUUUUACAAUCCAUCAUUCCUGUGAAAGAUUUUCAUACACGAUAGAAACAUCACUAUUAUCACUUUGUCAACUUGGUUCAGAUUGCGAGUAAUAAAUGGAUUGACUAUCUGCAAAUUAUCUAAUCGUUAGCAUGUAUGCCGACACGCUAGUGAUGGUCAGCGCAUUAAAGUCAGUUUCCGUGAAACCAUGCUGGAAAAUUGUCGAUGGUUGUUGUACGCAUCGCGUCUCUAUGGAUGUCAUCCUCACACGAUCGACGAGCGAUCGAGGCUUGCUAAUUUUCGGCUGCUAAUAGCAUACUCGCUGGUCGCGUGUACUAUAUAUUGCUCGAUAGCGUACUACAUGAGCAUCGCCAUCAACUGCAUCGCCAGAAACAUGAUGAUUGUAGGCUGUGUUCUGCAGCAGAUAAAUCGAUACAGCAGGAGUUUCUACAUGAUAUUGACGCCUUUGCUGUCGUGUUUGCGACACACGGAGUUUGAGCGUGCCGUAGCCGCCGCUCGUAAAUUUGACGAUUUAACGCGACAUCAUCGCUGGCGCAUUGAUCACGGGCGAAUAAAUCGCCGCUAUGUGCAGUGGCUGGUUAUACUGGUGAUCCUCGUUGGUUGGAUUUUGUUGAGCGUACUGGCAAAAUUUGCCGUACCACAAAUGAUUUCGCGCUCAAUUGUCAUACAAUGUACAAUGCGAGCUAUUUUCUCAGUGGAGAUUGCGAAAUUUUGCUUUCUGUACGAUGCAUUGCGUUACAGAUUUUGUCGUCUCAACAGACUGUGCCUCCGAUUGACCGGUAUAAAUAUAUAAUCGAUCGGUCAAUUUCAGUUUAA